AUGGAAGUGCAUCCCUUUUCCGAGCUUGAAGCAAAAUUUGAGAGGAGUCUUUAUUGUGCAAGUUUGCUGUUGGCUGAGGAAAAUGCACGGCUGCCUAGACUGCAAUUGCUGCUCUCUGAGCAUGAUAAAGAGACCAUUAGCAAAGAGCAAAGCCAAACAAAACAGCAACUAAAUUAUACAGAGACAGAGAACUCGCGGAUACGGGAGCAUUCAACCCGUAUGCAACAUGAUAUAGAAGAACUACAUAAGUCCUUCCAGGCCAAGGUCAAGAUGAUAGAUAGCCUGCAGUCCCUUGCCGCUGAAAUGAGUAAACUACGGGCUGAAAAUGCAUCUCUGGUGCGAGAAGUUUCAAAUAUGAAACCAGAAAUCACCCGGCUUCGUUCCCAGAACAGCUCUUAUCAGACUAUACUCUCGGAAAAGCUUUCUUUAGAACGCCGAGUCAGCUCCCUCGAGGUUGAACUUCGCGACGCAAAGCGCAACUCAGAAAGAGUGAGGGUCUCCCAUGUAUCAAAUAGAACGAUCAUGAGCCCGCAACACGACGUAAAUGUCAACGGCGAGCCUCAAACUAGCAAAACUUCAACCCAUACCUCCAAAUCAGAUACCCGGGGUGUAACGGUGUCGAAGAAACAGGUGAAGGUUCAAGAUUCCGACAUGUCUCCUGCUCGCCGCAAUCAUACCAAAAACCUUGUAGAUGCAUCAGACAACCCUCCACGCAGCCUAUAUUUCGGUACAGAUGCAUCUAUAGGUACGCCGGGGCCGAACCACAUGUCAAAGCUACCAACAAAAAUAUCCGCGGCUCCUGGAGACAAAUCAAUAUUUUCUAUCACCCCGUUUCUGAACCGUCAGAGCCAUGACUUCGCGGUAAACUUCACAUCUAGCGAAAGCGAUGGCGAUGGUCUUUCAUUUGUGGAGGCCAAGCCCUCGAGGAUUAAGGAAAAGAGUCUACCGCCAUAUGAAAACGAGGCCUCCGCCACGAAUAAACGCAAAACAAAUUCUCAGCCGCUAAAGAAUCCCCCGAAAUCGACCAAUAUUCCGAAAUUCACAAAAGGCCCAGCACCGCGGGUUGGCAAUCGUCCCCAGAAGCAAAAGGAUACGAAAGACUUUUCCGAAGACGAUGGUCUUCCGGAUCCCGUCAAAAAGCGACGAAUACUUAGGACUAUUGGAGACAAACUACCACUUGACGAAAACUUUGGACCCCUACGUACUCUAUCCAAACAGCAUUCGCAUGUACAGGACCAGAGUGGUAUUUUUGCUGAUCCAGAUGGGAAACGCGUUGAGAAUGAUCGCCGUAACCGGCGACUUGGCCUGAAUAAACCGUUGGAGAUCCCGCCAUUUUCCCCUUUGAAACGUAAUGUACGGCCUAGCUAG